CUCUCGCUGCGUGGCUGCUGUAUAGCGUAUCUCAUAUAGCUUAAGAAAAUAUCCGUUUGUUUAAUACCCGUCGCGAUUGUUGUUUCGCAUUGUCAACCACCGGUGUUCGUUAUCAUGAAGCUGAGGAAUUCGAUAAUCGCGCUUUUCCUGUGUUUGGCCUGCGCCGCCAGCGCUGAAAUUACCCACGAGGACAUCAAGGACGCCAUGCUGAGCCUCGUGCACAUGAUGCGCGAGAACACGGAGAAGCUUGAGCGCCACGAAGCCCGUGACCGUCAGACCGCCGAGCAGCUGAAAAAGUCGAUGGCACUGCUGGUCAAGCGCAUGUCCACCGUGGACGGCCUCAAGGCCUACAUCGAGAAGCUCGAGGAUCGCGUGGCGGGCGUCGAGCAGCUGAUCCAGCAGAAGGACGAGCGCGAGCGCAUACAGCUGCAGAAGACGGCGGACACCGUCGAGGACCUCGAGAGCAGACUGGAGGGCUGGGCCACGGAGAUCGAGACGAAAGUGAUCGAGGGCACGAACAAGGCCAACGCGGCGAUCGUCGACAGGUCGCCCGACAUACUGGCCCGGAUCGAGGCCAGCGAGACCAAGCUGAACGAUCGGGUGCAGAGGCUCGAGGACGCGUUCGCCGGCUGGUUGGCUGGAUUGCCCGUCGAGGUGCAAACGAUCGGCGCGAAGAUCAAAGAGGUCUCGGAUCUGCUGUCGAAAUUGGACGGCCAAGCGAGCCUCAAGGAAUCGAGCCGCGACGCCGCCUCGGCGGUCUCCUCGGCUUCCGUCGACGAGCAGGUUCGAAUUCUCAGGAGGCUGCAGGAUCUGCUGGAGAACACCCUGGAACAAGUUCGCAAUAUGCCCAGAAUCAGCGAGCUGCACACGAUGCACAACGAGACGCAAAUGUCGCUCCAGGAAGCGCGACACGCCCUGAAAGAUGCCAUCGUGGUGGGCAACGAGCGUAUCGAGUCCCGUAUGAACGAGAACAAGGAGGAGUCGAGGGAUAAAAUGACUUCUCUGAAAUCGGACAUGGCGAACAACGCCGAGCGCAUCAGCCAGGAGCUGCACGACCUGGGCAAGAGCCAGGGCGUCAUGGUCGAGAUGGCCGACCACGUGCUCGAUACCAAGAAGCGCCUCGAGCACGCCUACAAGAUCAUACGCGAGGUGGGCGAGCUCGUGCAGGCCCAGGGCCACAACAUCAAUCGCACCCUCAACUCGCGCUUCGACGGCAUCAGCAACGACAUCAUGGACAAUCAGAACGGCGCCCUGGCCAAUCUCACCGUCAAGAUGGAGCAGGAGAUGAACCAGGUCUGGCGACAGAUCAACGUCAUGUACCAGCAGAUGAUGGAGAGCGCCAAGGCCCUCGACAAGCUGCAUGAGCAGAACGAGGCUUACGUGAACGGCACGACCUCCACCAUGGACGGAAUGGAGAGCAAGGUCGGCGAGAUAACGAAGCGAAUGAGCGAGGUCGACACAAACCUGAACUAUCUGCUCGGCCGACUGUCGCUGGUGACGCAGGAGUUCAAUCAGAUCAAGACUGGCCUCGGCGCGGCCCUCGACAACAUCAAGGAGUCCUUCAAGGCCGUCCAGGAGAAGGCCAACGAGUUCAGCAGCGGCGAUCCGGGACCGCAUCCGCUGCCCCAGGACUACAGGGAGCCCGACGCCGCCGUCGAUCAGUCCCAGGACCCAGCCAUGGUCAAUCUGCCCGAGGGAAGGCGUUGAUGAGAAGUCUCCGAUUUACGUAUACUAAUAUUUAUAAGCAAAUAUUUUUUAAGCGAUAUCUCUCAGACUUAUUAUUGUUAAUUUUUAACGACGAUAGUGUGUACUUUAUAAGUAUAAGUUUGUGUAAACUUUUUACCGCCUCUUUUUUUACUGUAAAAAAUAUGAUAAAUUGUAUUGAUGAAUAAUGAUAAUAAAAAAAAA